AACUGGUUUUUAUUUUUUCUUUUUUUCCACUUUUACACUUGACUCAGCAACAGACAUCAAUGGCGAUCCACAAAGCCCCAAGGAGCAACAAAAAACCCAGAUCCCCAGUCUUCAUACUCACAAUCUCCAUCUCAGCAAUUGCUCUCUUGUACCUUCUCUCUUCUCUGAAUUCCACAAAUGGGUUCUCUUUUUCCUCUGCCAAAACCCUCAAAAACUUGGUGGUUAAGACUCAUCAGAGACCCUUCAAUGCCUCCGAAAAGUACUUGUACUGGGGUAACAGAAUCGACUGUCCCGGAAAGAACUGUGAGACCUGUGCUGGUUUGGGUCAUCAGGAGUCCAGCCUCAGGUGCGCUCUUGAAGAAGCCAUGUUUCUUCAGAGAACUUUUGUGAUGCCUUCUAGGAUGUGUAUUAAUCCAAUACAUAAUAAUAAAGGGCUUCUUCAUCAGUCAGACAAUGCAAAUUCAGAGGAAAGGUGGGCCGCUAGCUCCUGUGCCAUGGACUCUUUGUAUGAUUUGGAGCUCAUUUCCAACACUGUUCCUGUAGUUUUAGACAAUUCUGAAACAUGGCAUCUGGCUCUAUCAACAAGCUUGAAGUUGGGGAGUAGAGGGAUGUCCCAUGUACAAAAAAUUACUCGUGUUAACCUCAAAGAGAAAAGUCAAUAUUCAAAUAUCUUGCUCAUUAAUCGAACUGCUAGCCCUCUUGCAUGGUUUAUGGAGUGCAAAGAUCGAAAAAACCACACUGCUACAAUGUUGCCAUAUUCAUUUCUUCCUUCAAUGGCUGCCCAGAAACUACGACAUGCAGCAGAAAAGAUUAAAGUGCUCCUUGGUGAUUAUGAUGCUAUUCAUGUUCGUCGAGGCGAUAUAUUAAAAACUAGGAAGGACAGAUUGGGGGUUGAUAGGAGUGUACAUCCCCAUGUUGACAGGGAUACGCGGCCGGAGUUUAUUCUCUGUAGAAUCUCAAAAUGGGUCCCACCAGGACGGACACUUUACAUUGCUUCAAAUGAGAGGACACCUGGUUUCUUUUCACCUCUCUCUGUCCGGUAUAAAUUGGCGUAUUCAUCGAAUUAUAGCAGUAUCUUGGAUCCACUGAUUGAGAACAAUUACCAACUGUUUAUGAUAGAAAGGCUUAUCAUGAUGGGAGCCAAAACAUUCAUUAGAACAUUCAAGGAAGAUGAUACCGAUCUCAGCCUUACUGACGAUCCAAAGAAAAAUACCAAGACAUGGCAAAUUCCUGUUUAUACCAUGGAUGGAGAAGGAUGCUGAUUGGUCUACCUUUGAAUGCUUCAAAUUUUUUGUAUGAUUCCAUCCAUCACCUUCCCAUAGUGAUUACUCAAUUCUCUUGCCCCAAUCGCAAUUCUUCAACAUAGUUGAGCGAGAACUGCUUUGUGAAUCAAAUUGUUGGGCUAUGCAUGGAUGUGAAGAUUGUGAGGUGAUUGGUUUACACAGUGUAAAUUGGCUGUCCAGAUUACGAUACAACAUGUUUUGCGGUUUAUAUACUAACAAUUCAUACUGAAAAUUUGAGCAGCCCAAUUAUUUUGAUUAAUCUUUUUGGUUACUUGUUUAAGGGAAAUGCAGAUGAACUCACCCAAAAAAUAAAAAUAAAAAUGUUAAUGCAGUUGUCAUUUGUUUUGGAAUUCA